GUCUGAUCAUCUCUGAUAUGAUCAAGCGUUUUAAUUGAAAUAUGGCAAUGGAAAGAUACUCUUUUUGCAAAUAUUUUCUUGGGCCAUGUAAAGAUUGCUUCUUUAUAAAAAAAAGUGGAAUUUUCUAGAAGGAGGUGACACUCUCUGAAGAAGCCCCUUUGUAUUCUUGACACCUGUUGAUGAUUUUCAUUACCUUCUUGCAUUGAUUGACAUAAAGGCUGCAACUUUUCUGACUUUCCUGUUCUGGGUUUUAUAAAAAGAGGCGUUGAUAGUGAAGAAUGAGGGGAACAGAGGGUUUGGACUUGAGUUUUGAGAAGCUGAUGGUUUUUUCUGGUUUGGAGAAUAUGAAUCGAAGUGACAGUGGUGGUGAAGUGGGGGGUGGUUUAGGUGGAGGGCUGCGAAUAAGUGAGUGGAAAGAUAUUCCAGUGGAGCUGUUGCUGAGGAUUUUAUCUCUGGUGGAUGAUCAGACGGUGAUUGUGGCUUCUGGGGUUUGCCAUGGAUGGAGGGAUGCCAUUUCUUGGGGCCUCACCCAUCUUUCCCUCUCUUGGUGCAAGAAAAACAUGAAUAAUUUGGUUCUGUCUCUAGUUCCCAAGUUCACGAAACUGCAGGUUCUGAUUUUGCGGCAAGAUACACCGCAACUACAGGAUGAUGCUGUUGAAAAGAUUGCAACUUAUUGCCAUGAUCUGCAAGAAUUGGAUCUCAGCAAGAGUUUUAGACUGACUGAUCGCUCCUUGUAUGCCUUAGCACAUGGUUGCCAGGACCUUGUCAAGCUGAAUAUCAGUGGUUGUUCGGCUUUCAGUGAUAGUGCUCUGGGAUACUUGACUGGGUUUUGCCGAAAAUUGAAAUUCUUAAAUCUUUGUGGUUGUGUUAGGGCUGCAACAGAUAGGGCUUUGAAGGCUAUUGGAUACAACUGUAAUCAAUUGCAGUCGCUGAACCUCGGAUGGUGCGACCGUGUUGGUGAUGAAGGUGUAAAGAGCUUAGCCUAUGGUUGCCCUGAUCUAAGAGCUCUUGACUUGUGUGGAUGUGUUCUUAUUACAGAUGAGAGUGUGAUUGCAUUGGCAAACAACUGCCUUCACCUGAGGUCCCUCGGCCUGUACUAUUGUCAGAAUAUUACGGACAGGGCAAUGUAUUCUCUGGCACAGAGUCGGGUGAAAAACAAGCAUCAAGUUUGGGCGCCUGUAAAGAACAGAUAUGAAGAGGAAGGGCUCACGAACCUUAAUAUCAGCCAAUGCACUGCCCUCACUCCCCCAGCCGUGCAGGCAUUAUGCGACUCUUUUCCAGCUCUUCAUACAUGCCCCGGUCGACAUUCCCUCAUAAUUAGUGGUUGCCUGAAUUUGACGUCCGUGCACUGUGCAUGUGCGGUGCAAGCACACCGUGCUACACCUGCAAUUCCUCAUCUAGCCCACUAAGCCGAGAGUUGAGGAAAAUCUCCAAGUUUCCAGGCUGAAAACAGAGUAGGCCUCUUCUGUAUAUAAGCUUGUUUUACUUUUAAAUCGGACAUUUGUGGGGUGUCUAAUGUGUUGGAGAUUUGGUCUCUGAGACUACUUUAUCUUGUGCUGUUGUGAUACUUUUAAGAACUCUUUUAUAUCUAAUAUUGCAACAUUAAGAAUAACCAGCGGGGAACAGAGAAUGAGUCGGGAUUCAUAUUACAAAACAUGGAUUCUCACCUCAAUAAUGUCGUCAAAAGCUAGUGUUAUAGGCCUAACAGUGGGCGAUGGUCGCACUGUCCAGAUCCAUACCUAAUAGAUACUCAUAAAAUUAUUUCAGCACUCUACCAGGUGAAAAUGUCCUCUUCUUCGUUGCAAUCUAUGUACUUCCAAAUGCUCUUCCUAGACACAAUUCCUUAUGUGAGUAGAUGUAUCUGUGCAACUAAAUGGGUAUUUGUAACUAUAAUCUUGCUGAAUCCUCCUGGUACACUAUCCCAACUGUUUUCAUCUGAAUGUAAUCUUUGUAUAUUUCAGACGCCAUC